UAGUAAUCGACGGCGACGUAGGGGUGGAACCACUCGGCGAGGAGCCCCUUCUUCCUCCUUGGGUUGCACCCCAUGUCGCGGCACAGCUGGUCGUUGUACCAGAUGCCGACGCUGGCGAGGCACGACCGCCGGAAGUGCUCCGCCCCGCCGCUCCUCCUCAUGUACCUCCCCCACUCCGCCACGCUCUCCUCCAUCCGCCGCACGCCCGGCAGCCGGAACGCGCCGUCCAGCAGCCGCGCCACCCACUUGGCCAUCAUCUCGCAGGUGUGGAUGUUCGUCGCGCCCUCCGAUCGAGUACCCGACCACCGCCAUCUGCGGGAUCCGCGGGUGCACGCACUCCCUGUACAGCGGGACGCUCGUGUCCGGCGAGCCGGCGACGAUCUCCCUCACCCGGCGCGACGCGAACAUGUCCCGCAGCUUCUCGUCGCCGCGGAAGCCCGUGGCGAGGAUCACCAGCUCGGCCGGGACGCGCGCGCUCGCCGGCGGUGCCGCCGUCCACCACUAGGCCAUCGUCGCAGAAGGUGAAAGAACCCCUCGAUUUCUCGAUGACGAUGCUGCCUUCCUUCACCAUGUCGUAGAACCCAUGGUUUUGAAUUCCGGAAUGAAAUUUCCGAAAUUUCGGCCGUUUCGGUGGGCCUCGGGUAAAAAAAAUUUUGGCGUAUUUUUUUUGUGGAAACCCUAAGGAGGCCGCCAAAAAUCCCCAAUUCGUCUCCCUCCUACGGUCCUACCAGACGCGCGGCGGCGGCCAGCGAAAAUCGAAUCCACAUCGCGCAAAAAAAUUUGCUCGCCCGCUGCCGGCCUCCGCUCCAUCCCCCGGAAGCCACGCGCCGCCGUCGCUCCUCCCCCAGCCGCCGCGCGUGCUGCUGGAGUGCUGGUUCCUGAACAUGGGCGGCACGCUGUCCACCUCCUUCGCCGCCGCUGCCGCGGCAGCUAUGGCGCCCGUCAGUUCGCCUCGCCGGCCGAUGCGUGCGGCAAGUUCGACGGUGUAGCUAUGUUUGGCGCAAGCCAACAUAAUGCAAACCUCGGCAGGGCAAUGAGCGAGCUCACGGCGGCGGUGCGCCAUGCCGGCCUGAAGGACGCCGGCGUCGGGAGGGAGGAGACUAGGGAUUUCCUGGGCGUUGGCGUGCAAGCAGUGUGCUCAUCGUCGAUACAUGUGGUAUAAUUGCAGAUUUCUCCUCCACCCCAAGCUCUCACCUCACCAGCUGAUGUGAAUGAUAAACCCUAGCCUUCUGAGCUCGCCUCUCCUCCUCCUCUCUAGCUCCACGGACGGGGUACCUACCUACUAGGAGGCUGCUUAGCUGCAGGGUCAUCAUGCCUGCUGGUGAAAACCCUCACUCAAUCUCAGAGAAAAAGGCAGCAUUGAGGGAGUCACCUAAAGAAUCUAAGAAUGUUGGUAACCAGCAGCCCAGAGUCUCCCCUAUUUCUAAGGAUAAAGCUGCUGAGACAGUUGGCAUUAAGCGUCCACAACCUAAUGGCCCCCCAGGGGCAAAUGGCCAUCUUGUAUAUGUGCGCAGGAGGCUUGAAACUGAUCAUUGCAAAGUUAGCCCUUCUGCUAGUGCUGAAAGUAUCAGUUCUCUAAGCUCAAAGAAAACUGUUGUAGACAAACCUGAGGAACAAAGUUUGAAGCGUCCCAAUAGUUCGCUUCAAACUCUGUUAGCUCCUGUUUUUGCAUCUCCUGCAGCAGCUGCUGCCACCUCCCCUACUCCAUCUGGAGGUUUGCUAGCCCAAAAUUCUCUCAGAAAGCAAUCCCCGGUAAAGGUGGUUGUUCAACCAAGUAUUGUAGUGACUGCUAGUCCACCUUGCAAUAUGGUGUCUACUGCUCCAAUUCCUCAGAAUUCUGUAGCCACCAAUUUGACAUCUUCUCAUGUCACGGCUACUAGUACAGCAUCUCAUGGUGCUGUAGCUACUACUACAGCAUGUUAUCCGGCUGAUCAACAAAGAUCAAGCAAUCAGGAUUGGAAAGAGAGGUUUAUUAGGCUGCAGGCAUUCUUGAGAAAUAAUGAGCAAUCAGGACAGGAAGAAUAUAUCCACAUGCUUCGGUCUUUGUCAUCUGUUGGCCGAAGCAAGCAUGCCAUUGAGCUGGAGAACAGAGCAGUCAAGCUCUUGGUUGAAGAAGGAAAAGAACUGCAGAAGAUGAAGGUUUUGAAUGUACUGAACAAGCUCUCACCUACUGAUUCUCUAUCAUUACCAACUCAACCUGCUUCUGUUAGGCACCUGGCAUUUCCACCCCGCUGAUGAGAAGAGGAAAUUUCAGUCAUGUCAUGGCAUAACAAGUGUUCAAGAAGUUCGUUCUGAAGUCUUCCUAGCUGACAACCUGAAUGCUCGUGUUGCUCCUCUGACAAUAAGCAGAAGAUGCUUUUGUCUGCCAACUGAUGCUCUCAGUGCAUGGGAGCAUAACAAGUGCGUGUCGCGUCCAGUUCGUUGUGAUGGAGUUUGGAUGUAACAAUGAUCUUAGUGUGCCUUCCAGGCCAUAGCAAACAUGUGCUGGAUGAGAAGAUGGUUCAUCUGCUCCAACUCACCUGCAGAUUUCAUUGCCGCUAUUUCUUCUGCUUGCAAAUGAAUGCAAUGUUGUGAUUGACAUGUUUCAUCUUGAACCUAGUACCAGCAAGUAAGGUGCAAAUGUGAAAUACUUUUGGCACACAAGUCAUGCUCUGUCAUGUUUUCACCAUCGAGUAGGCCAAAUGAAUUGUUAAAACUUGCUGCUGCCAGAAGAGUAGAUAACUCGUUAGCUGUAUGUAAUCUGACCGGCCAAGAGUUGACAUGCGAACAGCAACAAGUACCCAGAGGACG